AUGAUUCGAAGGUUGAAUUGGAUUCUGCAUCGUAGUGAAACUCAACUAUUCUGUUCGCAACAGCGUCAACAGAGAAUUUUUUCGUUUCAGUUUUGGCUGGGCUUCGAAUUUCCAAUCUGUGGAGGAUUGCUUCGACUAACCUCAACUGAGACUUCAAAUUUUGCCUGUUGCUGUUGCAAAAUCAAGAUCAGUUCUUCUUGUGAAAGUGGCACUGUGGAGUUCGAUUUCCAAUUGUUCCGUCGCCAACUUGUGGACCACAGUCCCUUAAUGCCUCCUUAUUACCGUGAAUCCCUGUAUGGAUGGCGCACCAGGCGAUCAGGCGGCUAUCCAGACCGGGGUUCACGGUCCUACUACUAUUUCGGUUGUCAGGAUUUGCACACAUACACGGGACUAUCAGCAACCAUAGCCGUCGCAUUCCGUUUGCCGGGUAGCCUCUGGGAUUACGUUAAUUAUGCAGUUCCGAACGCCAUAGUUCUGGAAUUUCUGGUCUACGUGGUGUAUAAAUUGGCGCAAUUGCUUUGUUACUGGUGUCCCCGUCGGAGUACCAUAAACCCAUACAUUCACAUUCUUUAUGAUUACUUGAGUCAUCAUAUGAACGUCAUUCCAGUCGAAUUCACGUCCUUCCUGGUCCGUGCGCAGGGAUAUGAGGACAAAUCGAUCAUGUCGUUUAGCGGCAAGUUUGCGUUCAUGUUCCCCGAUAGAGUCUCCUUGCCGUUUAUCCUAUAUGACGUACAUUGUAAUCACAGCGUGGAAUCUCAUACAACACACGAUUCUUCAUCAACAGAUUCAAUUUUCCGUUCGAUUCUGAUAGCUUCCACAACCUAUUCGCAGUGUUCUCGAUACGGACGCGUAGGUUCGACAACCCCGAAUAGCAGAAAAAGAAACGGGUUCGUAAUUCUAUGGUACUAUUUACAGAAGGAGAGAACCGCACCAAAGACGUGCAUGACUACACCCCUGAGAGGUAAAGCGUCACAGUUACGGCGCCACGGUUUCCGAAUGUUGGCAAAAGAAACGUUGGCUUUCGCAAAUCUACGAAUGAAUUCAUCCACUGUAAUUGGUGCAACUUCCGCGAAGCUGCGGUUAGCAACUACCUAUUGUGCAAGCACAAGGCUCUAUCCCAUGACCAGGCCUGUGGUUCUUCCUGUUCGAUUCACUGUCUGUCAGUUCCCACUGUCCAAACUGCGCAUUCCGAUUAAUGUAAACGUUCAUUGGUAUGAAUCGACCACUCUUUCGAAUUAUGUGAAGAAGGGAGCUCAAAAGCAAACAAGCGGAAUGACUCAGCUAGGCCGGAUCCUACACAAGUGGAUGGAUGUCGGGCGGAACCCCGCACCCAUGCCGCCUUACGGCUCCAAGUUAAGCGAUGUUGUGGCCAAGAAGCCUAACCCGCAAGCGAAUGGCCAAAAGACCAGACCGCUUGUCGGUCCAGCAUCAAGACGAGCUCUGAGUAACUGGACCCAACCGCGUAUUCGACAAAUGCCGGCUGCCUGUGGCGCUUCCAGAAUUUAG